CACGAAACAAAAAAUAGUCCUGUGAUAAAGAGCUGACGGCCGCGCUCUUUGUUCUGAAUCACAAUGACACAGGUCAUCCGUGGGUUAUAAAGGCAGCCCGGAGCACACGCUGCAGUGUGACCAAGGUGAGCCGACACAAUGGGCAAGAUUAUGUUCUACGAGGACAGGAACUUCAAGGGUCGCUCCUACGAGUGCAGCAGCGAAUGCUCCGACCUGCAUUCCCACUUCAGCCGCUGCAACUCCAUCAAAGUGGACAGUGGGGAGUGGAUGGUGUUUGAGAGACCCGGAUACACGGGGUACCAGUACUUCCUGAAGAGGGGAGAGUACCCCGACUACCAGCGCUGGAUGGGCUUCAACGACUGUGUGCGCUCCUGCCGUUUGAUCCCUACGUCCCAAAGUUCCCACAGGAUGAUGAUCUACGAGCGGCCAGAGCUGGGAGGCGAGACAAUGGAGCUGACCGACGACUGCCCCUCACUGUUCGAACGAUUCAACCACAACGACGUCUACUCCUGCAACGUGAGGGACGGUUACUGGAUCUUCUACGAACACCCCAACUACAGCGGACGCCAGUACCUGAUGAACCCCGGGGAGUACAGGAGGUUUAACGAGUGGGGAAGCACCACGUCUAGGGUGGGGUCCAUUAAACGUAUCGCUGUGUGAAGUCCAGAAACUGUUUAUGUGAAGUACCGUCAAUAAAUCUAUCCAACAACUA